CCGCUGUCUAAACAUGCACCUGUCUUGCUUCUCAAUCGCUUGUGUGUGGUGUUUCCAUGUGCACUCCAUAUGCAAACGCAUUGUUUCAUGUUCUUACUGGCAAAACAACAGAAAGCUGCAGAGUUUCCGACAGCAAAACCACAGCGUACUUUUUUUCCCUAAAAGAGCAGAAGAUGCGGAAAAUGGGUAAACACGGCAAAAGACUCUACUCCAAAAUAAAAGACAACAUCUUGUUUCCUAAAACUAACAUUUAUUAUGUCUGGUGCUGACAAAGGGACCGGAAAACACUUUAUGUAAAAGUUGUUAUAGUACACUGCAUAGGAAAACAUGUUUUUUAAGACAUUUUCUUGAAUUUUGUUGUUGAAAAUACAUUAACAUGACAACUGACUCAUAAAUACGUUAGGAUGGCGGAAAGCAGCAUGAAUAAGUAAAAAAAUAAAAAUAAACUAGCAACUCAGCUUGUUAUAAAUUAUUUUUUAUAUGUUCAUCCAUCAAGUCAUGUAAAGGUUUAUGUGACCAUAUUUGUUAGACUGUUUAAGACACAAUAAAUGGUGCAGAGCUCAUGUAUUUUAUUCAGAGAUUCCUUCUUCUUCAGGUAAGGGUACAACCUAAAGAUUGCAAGGAUUACAAAUUUACAUUCCAGCGAAACAUCUGGACAUCAGACCCACGUGACCACAGAGCUAGCUCCGUGGAAAGGCCUCAGUAGACCCUCAGUCUGGCCUGGAAACUGUUCCGGCAUUUUGAGUCUCUGUGUUUGUGUAUUCUUUUUUGGAUAUUUUUUGUGCAAUUGUUGGACAAAAUGACUUGCUGUGGCAUUAAUUGCACUAAUAGAGUGUCCAAGGAGUCUCCACUUCAUUUUUUUCGGUAAGUAAAAUUAUAUUUAUGUAUUUUAGGUCACUGCCGCUCUUGCACUAGAUGAGCUUAGAUUUUAACAUGUACUGUUUAACCAUGAAAUUUAAAUGUAAUAGGGUAAAACCCAGUGCAUUUAACAUAAUGCUGCAUUUUAGAAAAUGGGUUGAAAUAUAACACGUUGGUGGAGCUGGGUUCCGACUAUCGGCUUGUGGAGCUCUCGGGAGACCGAUGUUUUCCACCCGUUCUCCCCUCCCCGCAGCCCGGCGCAUCUCUGUCUGAUCGCGGCUUCUGUUUGAUGCGCGGGCUGCCAGCUUGUGGAGCUCUGGGAUGGAAACCUUUCCACCCGGUUCUCCCCAGCGGCAGCUCUGCGCAUCUCAGAUCGCAGUGGCGCUUGUCUGCUGUGCAGCUGCCGGCUUGUGGAGGUCUCGUAGACCUCUGUGUUCCACCCGGUUUUACCCAGCGGUCAGCCCGGCGUAUCUCUGACUCAGAAGCUCUGGUGUUGUGCACAGUUAACUCCGGUUGUAGCUAGGUUGCUACCUCCGUUAGCUUAGCUCCCACCUCCGUGUUAGCUUUGGGUUAGCCAGGGUUAGCUUCAGGUUAGCUUGUAGCUAGUUCGGCCGGGUGAUCCCAGCCUUACAGCCCCACCCUCAGCUCCUCCUCUCUUUCCUUUUGUGGAAUUGUCUGGGCUUGAUGGAACCUGUGACACGGUCAAAAUGGCGGUGGUGGCCACCUCCCAUUUGGCCUCAAAAACGUGAUAUUGGAGCCUAUGGAAAGGAGAUGUCCAGUAUGUUUAUGUCGAUGGGCGUGACGAGUGACACAGCAAAGAUGGCGGUGGUGGGAACCACCCAUUGGACUCCACUUUAGCUCUUCAGAAACUACGGGUGACGGCACGGAGGGUUUGUCCAUUUUAUAAACAGUCAUUGGUUUUAACAGAAAACAAGCUGAGAAUAAAUUGCAGGCUAAUUAUUUUCUGGUAACAGGUUUUUUGUCCUGUUUUGCAGCUUUUUGCUAAUUAGUUGCUGCUUCAGUCAUUUCUAGUCUUUUUAAUUAUUGGGGCAUCAUUUUAAAUCCCCAUCUGCUCAAAUUAUUACAUUCAUCAAUGCUGGCCAGCUUUUCAGAUUUUUUUCUUUUAAAAUCUGGAUGAAUACCCUCCUAAAGUGGUUCACGGCUUUCGAGAAAGGCUGAAAAACGUAGAUACAGUUUGAGCACCUAAGUCUAACCAAGAUAGUUUAUUUCUGCUGGAAUUGUCACAUUUGAUUCCUAACAAUUUGAGGACUAUAGUAAAACAAUUUUUGUCUGAUACAACAGCUGAACUCUACAAGUUUUGCUUAUUUUACCUGAAACCCUACAAAACCUAAACCACAGAUUUUUGGUAUAAAUGAUCAGUCCCUAGUCAGAAAACUUUUCAAAUAUCAACAGAUUUUCCAAAAUACAAAAAAAAAAAAAAAAAAAAAAAUCUAUGUAUUAAAAAAAACUGCACACUUAACUAAUUUUAAAGAUAUUGAUAGAAUCAUUUUGCUGCAAAAAAAAAAAGAUUUCAAAGAAGCGAAUGACUGACGUAAAUGAUGUGGUUUUAGAAAACCCACUCCCCUUUCGGGAGUUUCUGUCUCACUCUCAGUUGGUUGCUCACUCAGAACACCCAGGCACGGCUGGUAACGGGCGACCAAACAUGCUUCAGUUGAAUCUGUUUGUUUUAAUUCUAACAUUUGGUGAACUCAUCCUAGAUUUAAAUGGUUUGAUGUGCGAAAAAGGUCACAGAAUAGCUUUUCGUAAAUCUACAUGUGAACCCUGCCCUGAUGGAUAUUUUCAGCCAAUAGAAAAUGAUACUGGAAGUUGCCUUGGAUGUGUGGAGUGUAACGAAAAGUCAGGGAGUUCCACCGAUAGGGAAUGCACCUUACUGACAAACAGAAAAUGCAAGUGUCGAGAUGGUUUUGUUCCUUUGACAGAAGAUUCUGUCUUGUGCCGAUGUGACCCAGGGUUUGGACUCCAGGAUGGAGUUUGUUCAAAAUGCAAAGAAGGAUCUUUCAGCAAAACUGUCAACUCACCUUGUAAAGAAUGGACACACUGUCCAGCAGGAGUAAAACAGUCUGGAAGUGCUACCUCUGAUGUAAUCUGUAAUGAGUCAAAGAUCAAUCCACCAACAGUGAAACCCUCCACACCACACACACCGCACAUUUUCGCCGUCAUAACGACCCGUCGUCCACACGAGGGGGAUCAUACACUAAGGACUGACUCUAUCACCACCCCAACUUCCUCACAACAAGACAACGUGCCUACCACCUCUCAGUCCAACACUAGAAACCAAACAGGUGUGGUCAUUCUUCUUCUGGGAAUUGCUGGACUGCUUGUUUGGACUGCGAUAACCUGCAAGAUGCACAUCACCCUUUGCAAGCGAAAAACCACGCAAAGUAUGUUGGGAAGUACAAAUCAUGGGGUUUGCGAUGACAUUUUGUUAAAUUCAUGUAUUUUUUACCUUUUCUGUGGUUUUGCAUUUCAAGUAAGAUGUUAGAAUUAACUUUGGCUACUAGGUUUAGUUAGAUGAGCUCAUCAAUCUGGCUAAUGUAGUUUCUUUUUACUUAAAAUAUCUCAGAUGAUUUAGCUUAAUUUUAAAUUACCCUUUUCCCAAUGAGGAAAUAAAAAAGUAUGACAAGGUUUUUCUAAAUCUCCAAUAUUAAUAAUAAUAAAUUAAUAACAACUUCUCUUCUUGUUUGCGAAGAUACUUUGCUUCAAAUGAGCUUUCUUGAAUCAUAAUAGAAACUCAUAUAUUUAAAGCUUUUAAAUUGUAGUAUGUUCACCAUUAAAGCGCGCUAACUCACAUGCAUUUCCCCCAAAUCCUGGUUUUGGACAUGAUUCUAGAGUUGAUGCAGAUGAACAAAGUCUUCAGGUCAAGUCUUAGCUGUCCAACUUGAAUGGCUAUUUCUGAUUAUAAUCGGUCACUCUGAGUUUAUCAUGCAGGCUGAACAUGAAAAUAUUCUCCUACACCUAUCUCCUGCAUUAGCGUCUGAUAGAAAAUAGAUGUUGAAACUCUAGGACUUGAAAAGUCUGACAGAUCUACGUCACACUGUCAUGGAACGUUCAUUGACUCACCCAUCUUAACUCACGACGGGGAAGGUUGUUGUUGUUUUAGCAUCCAGAAAACAGCAGAGAACGUCAAGGCUAGGAGAAGAUAACCGUUAGAAUUAGCAACUCCACCACACGGCAGAACUCCAUCAAACUUGUGUUAUUUGUGGAGAUGAAACAUCCACGUUACAAGUCAGUAGUAAAGUCACAUAUCCAAUCAGAGGUAAGAUAUCAAGAAAUAAGUCUCCAGAUCCUGCCGUCUAGAGCUCAAGUGUGAUGUGGCUCACUCCUAUUUCCUGGAAAUGGUGCACCAGUGUUUUCCCCCGCUUGAAUAUAACUUAAAAGGCAUUCAUCCCUAUCACUCCACACCUUUAAGCACUUUUACACAGUAAUGUUUAUAUCAUGAACAGGACAGAAAUCAGUAAAACUGACAUUGUCAGAAGUUAAAUCUCCCAAAUUUACAAUGUUUUACAACCCAAUGGAGGGCGAAGAGGGGAUUUGUGAUCUAGCUCGUAUUAACAAAGCUCUACAGUUUAAAAUUCAGCACUUUUCUCUUUGAACUUAUUCAUUCAUUUAUCAAGUUUUUACAAAAAUAUUUAGAAAAGGCAAAAAUAAAUUACAACAGCAGUUACAUUUGUCUUUUCAAGUUGAAUUUGUUUGAAUGUUUGCUCGCAGACAAGGACUCUUUGUGUCGGAGGCCCGUUGAGGAAAGCGGCGACAGCCACGAAUCCGUCGUCAAGCUCAAUCUCGAGCCCUGAGGUGAAAAGCUGAGAGCGCUCCCAUCAGUGCUGUGAAUUUUCUGACAAGAUGCCCACCACCAAGUGAACCUUCCUUGUAUUGUCCGUUGCAUGUUAGUCAUACAUCAGAAAACCACGCCUACUGUGCGUUUUCAAAAUGAACUUUGGUCAAUAUUUGACCCUUGUUUGUUCUGUUGUGAUACAAUAUAGCAAUAUCUCAAAGGAAUCAUAUGAAUUAUACCUCUCAUUCAAGGCAGUCCAGCAUUUUAUUGCUUUUGAAAACAAUUUUCCUAGUUGCUUUAUUUAUUUUAUAUACAUUUUCAUAUUUCCUGACACAUUUUGACAACGCUGUAUAGGACAAGCCUGAGAAAUUGUUUUCAUGUGACAGUAGAAACAAAUAUUACACCUUAUUCAGCUCUCAUAACACCUUAAAAUCUCUUUUUUUGUUUGUUUUGUUCCGCCGGUAGCAGUUUUAUUCGUCUGAGAAGGUGGUUUGUGGGGUUGGGAGAAGCACCUUCUGGAGCAAAGUGUGCCCCCCCCCACACACACACACACACUAAGUGUUGCCUCCCUAGUUUUUAGAACUGUAGGAAACAUUGAUGUUGUAAUGCGUGCACUUUCAUAUUGUUUAUACCCCACUGGUGAGAUUUCUCAGACUGGUACAAUCAGAUGUGUGUGAAAGCAUCUAACUUGUGCACCUGAGUUGACGUCAUCUAAGAUCUACCAGAAAAAAGACAAGACUGGCAUAUUGCUUCUUUGGAAUCAGCAGCAAAAUGUUGUUAUAUGUAAAAGAAAAAUAAGCAUAGAGGAAAUAAGUAGUAUUGACUAGGAUGAUUGUUGAGCAUGCUGAUUCUCUUAAAGAGGAUAUUUUAGAGCUGAUUAGAUGUCUGAGUGCCUGUCACAGUCAGAGGAAGCAGCCCCUGCAGAAACGGUAAAUGUCACAGAUUCAGGAAGUGGAUGUUGUUUCAUAGAAGUUCAGCCUACCUUACAAGUAGAAGCACGACUUGUUUAGUAGAAGCUGCUCGACUGAAGCAACUUCCAGCACCUGAUUACUUAGAUCCUAUAUGUAUUUUUAUAUCAUUAAAUCUACUUUUUCUUUAUCUCAAAUGUGUAUUUGUUAUUUUGUAUUUGCACUAUCAUAUACUAGUGUCGAAAUGUUUAAAAUAAAGACUUUUUAAGGGUCAAACCAACUUUAAAAAGGUCUGAAUCAAAGUAAUCAAUAAAAUUGCAUGACAGAAUUAUGCUCAAAUUUUAUCAGGGACAUUGUUUACUUUGCAUGUUUAAAUUGCAAUACUGUGAAAAUGCAUAUUUAAUGGGUUUGUUACGUUUGUCAGUGCUAGCUUUGACUACUUAAUGAAAUCUGUAUUUUGUGCAUUCCUUGUUGUUUUAUUCUGAAAAUGAAAUUUGUUCACUGAUGUAAAACUUUUAAAUGGCACCAAAAAUGCAAAAGUUAGACAUUUGUAGGGGAAAAUGACUUUUUCAUGGCACUGUUUUAUAUACUUGUUUAAAAAAGUAACAAUAUAUUUGACAUGACUGACCUGCUGGAUCAAAUUUUAAAAAUUACAUUUUUGACAUUACACUUUAGAUGAUAUUUCAUUUAAAUGUUCUUUUACAUUGUGAUUUAUCUCCAAUUUUACCCAAACAUCCCAAAAGUAUGUACUUUAUUUGAUCUAUUUUUAUCUCCAGCAAUAAAUUUCUUGUAUAUUUAACAAUUCUUUAUACAUAUUCUUCAUCUUCUUAAAAUAAAAUAGUUUUUUAAUAG